UGUGCAGAUACUUUUGUUACCGCAUUUAACGAGGACGUAAUCUACGGUUUACAGUUAAACGCGAUCAAGUGUGUGUGUGUAAGCGAUAUUGUGCGAUCGACGAGUGUGUGUGAGAGUGUAACUUAAUUUUUUUUGUGAAUUGUAUUUGGCAACAAGUGAUGAAAUAACAUUUUGGCCAAAAAAAAAUAUCAAACAUUUUAAAAUAGCUAAAUAAUACCAGGCUAAUUAAUUAAAUAAAAUUAAAAAAAUCUGAAAAGAAUAAACACAUUUCAAACGAAAACAGAAAAAUAAAUAUUUAAAAAAAAAUCAUGCGUUCAUUUGUGAUAAUUUUUUCAUUGGCCUUAAUUGGUCAUUCGCUUGGGCAACAACAUCAACAAAUUGAUCCAGCUUACUUGCGCCAAUACUACCAACAGCUGCAACAACAAACUGGUGCAGCUCCUUCGAAUGAUGCAACUCCCAUCUAUGAGCAGAAUUCAGAACAAACACAACAACAAUAUGUAUCACCUGGUCAACAAUUGCGUGUCAAGGAUAAUGUACAGGAACAAAUUCGUGCUUCUCAACAACAGCAACAACAAGGUUAUGUUGCUCCUGUUGUGCGCGAAUAUUUGCAACAUCAACCUCAACAGAUUCAAUAUCAACCCCAACAAGUAGCCUAUCGUCAACCACAAGCUGCUGCCCCAGCCCCCAGAAGACCACAACCUCAACAAUUGGCUCAACAAUAUCAGCCACCCAGACCUAAAGGAAAACCACAAUUGGAACAAGAGGAAGAGGAAUAUGAUGAUCAAAACUCCUCCUAUCAAUUUGGUUUCGAUGUCAAGGAUGACGAAUUCACCAACUAUCAAAAUCGCAAAGAAGUCCGUGAUGGUUCCGUAAUCAAGGGCAGUUACUCAGUAGUCGAUUCUGAUGGUUUCAUACGUACCGUCAAAUAUACCGCCGAUCCCAAAGAGGGUUUCAAAGCUGAAGUCAUUAGAGAACCCACUGAUAUUGUAGUCAAGAUUCCCACACCUCAACCACCACAACAACAGCAACAACAUCUGCUGCGUCCUCAUCAUGCACCCGUCAAGGCACAAGACUACAAUCUGAAACAACAAUAUCCCCAUCAACAAUAUCAACAUUAAGUUGAAGGAUUAAUAAAUCGUUUCAUUUUAGUAAAAAACAAAAGGAAUUUUUAAUAAUAACAAUGAUCUAAAGGGACGACAUUUCUUAGAAGUUCCUAUUUAAACAGAAAAAUAUGUUUUAAACUAAAAAAAAUAACAAAAUUCCAUUAUUUAUUAGAAGUCAGAAGGACUACAAUUUAUAUAACUAUGUAUACAAGUUAGUAACGAAAGAAAUUUUAAAUAUCAAAUCAUUUGACCAUAAUAUAAUUACAACAAUAAUGCCGAAAGAACAACAUUCAUUCAUACAUACUAUCAUCAUUUAUUAAAGUUUUAUAAAAAUAAAUAAAAAUCUCAUAAAAAAUAA